AUGAAGAUCCAGUGUGAUGUGUGUGAAAAAGAUGAAGCGGCUUUAUUCUGCGUGGCCGACGAGGCCGCCCUGUGCGCCGCCUGCGACCACCGCGUCCACCACGCGAACAAGCUCGCCGGAAAACACCACAGAUUCUCUCUCCACCGCCCCGAAGCUCCUCUCUGUGAUAUCUGCCAGGAGAAAACAGCUUUCUUGUUUUGCCAACAAGACAGGGCUAUCUUAUGCAGUGAUUGUGAUAUCUCCAUACACAAAGCCAACAAGCUUACUCAAAAGCACACAAGAUUUCUCCUAACCGGAAUCAAACUCUCCCCAAAUCCGACUCCUUAUUCCGAUCAACCGCUGUCCUCGGAAUCCACAAACUCGACGAACAACAAAUCAUCCGCAGUCGUUCCCGGAGUGAAAAAGCCCGAGAGCGCCAAACCCGUUAGCUCGAUUGCCCCGGUGUGUACACCUCCCAAAGCCAAGUGUACAACUGCCCAAAGCACACUGGCCUUGGCGCCGGAGAAAAUUAGUGAUGAGCCUUUGAUGGGUUUCGAUUGCUCGGCAAGUAGCAUCUCCGAGUACGUGGAGACGUUGCCCGGUUGGCACGUUGAGGAUCUUCUUCACUCUUAUUCUCCAUCUCCUUAUGGUUUUUCCAAGUAUGGAGGAGAUGAAAUGCUGCAACAAUUCUGGGAUCAAGCUGAAAUUCAGGGCAACAUGAGUGCUUUUUCAACAGAAAAAAUGGGAUUUGGUGUCCCACCUUUGCAGCAACAAACACACAAUCAAUCAUAUCAAUGUAUGGAUCAGUUUGAUUUUGGGCUCCCUUAUGGAUCAACUGAGCAGGCCAAGGGUUUUGUGAUGACCAAUUAUGAUAAUGGCAAUAAUAAUAAUAAUAAUAAUAAUAGUUAUAUAAUGAUCAAGCCCACCAGAAAUAGAAGUGAAGACAACUGCUUUGCUGUUCCACAGUUCAGUCCACAUCUCAAUGUCUCUAAGAGAUGA